AUGUGUCAGCUGCGUUCUCAAGAAAUGUCAUUGCUCUUGAUCGUGGAUCGUGCUCGCAGUAACCGCUGUGUCGUUCGUCGUCGGUCGCGAGAAGAGACCACGUUGUUUCAUAAGUUACGCGUGUCGACGUCAAAGCGGGCGCUUAUAUAUUAUUCUAUUCUUCAUCUCUUCCUUUAUGGCUCUCGUUCAUCGUGUGCCGCGUCUAGUUUCCGUUUCUCCGAUUAUGCGACUGGGUUAUGCGAGGAACGUGUAGUGGCACCAAUCGCGCGAGUCGUCGCUGUAUUAUCGAGUGUCGCGACGCGCGACGUCGCGGCUAAAACGCGAUUGAACUUCGCGGGUACAGUGGGGAAUUGUCGUUUCUCCUUCUUUGCGAGUAUAUACGUUUUAAGUGACUCAGCUAGACUCGGAGAAAAUCGACGUGAUUCAUCCGCGUAGUGGACGAUGAGACGCACAGUAGUAAAUACUCCGACAAAAGUGAAUCUUCGCGAAAUCGCUCGCCGAAAAGUGAAACCGGCUCCGAAAGUGUCAAAGUGGUUCGA